UCCAAGAAUACCGUCUUAUAUUUAAAACCUAUUUUUAAAAUUAAACAAAUUAAAACUGAGAUGGAUCAAAAGUGUUGCCUAUUUUUACUUUAUAUGUUUUGUAUAGGAUCAAUAGUAGCUGCCCAAUUAAAACGUGGCCAAUCAUGCAAGACCCCAAUUGGAGAAACUGCUACCUGUGUAUCAGUAUAUGACUGCAAACUUUUUAUAAAAGCUAUUAAUCGUCAAAAUCCAUUACAAUUAAUGUUCAUAACACGGUCGCAAUGUGGCUUUGAUACACGCCCUUUGGUCUGUUGUGGCUCUGUAGUGGACUUCCCCAGAUCUAGGAAUCCAGAUGAACUGAUACCUGUCGGUAGUAAUGUUGGUUUGAACUUUAAUAGGAGUAGAGCCAUUCCAAAUAGAAGAACUUGUGGUUUUCAGGCAUCUGACAACAAUAACAAUAUAGAGGCAUUUAUUGUUGGAGGCACAGAAGCAGGUUUAAAAGAAUUUCCCUGGAUGGCGCUUCUUGGAUACAGAAAUACAGUCGGAAAAAUAGAGUGGAAUUGUGGAGGAUCAUUAAUCAGUAAUAGAUACGUUUUAACUGCUGCACAUUGUGUAACGCGUCAAGCUCAAGCUCAAGUUGGACAAUUAACUUACGUAAGAUUGGGAGAACACAAUUUAAAAUAUAAUGUUGAUUGUAACAAGGAUGGAAUCUGUAACAAAAAAGCUAUUACUUCUGGUAUCUCAAAGAUAAUAAUUCAUAAAGACUACGACACCACACUUCACAGCAAUGAUAUUGCUCUCUUAAGACUAAGUAGGAAGAUUGCAUAUACAGAUUCAGUUAGACCUAUUUGUCUUCCUGAACCAAAUGAAGAAUCCUUGGGAAGUUAUGAUGUACUCAUAACAUCGGGAUGGGGCUACACUAGAUAUGGCCGUUCCGAUGUGAAACUCAAAGUUGAUCUCCCUUUUCGAAACAAAGACGAAUGUACCGCACUUUUUAAAAAUACGAACGUCAAACUCAAUGACAAUCAAAUAUGCGCCGGAGGAGAAGAAGGAAAAGAUUCUUGUCAAGGUGACAGCGGUGGUCCCUUAAUGAAAAGAUCAAAUAAAGAAAUUCUUCAAUGGUAUCAGGAGGGAAUAAUUUCAUUUGGAAGUACCAUUUGUGGCAGAAAAGAUUUGCCUGGAGUGUACACAAAAGUUUCGAAUUUCUUGCCAUGGAUACACGGACACGUAACAGCUUAAAUAAAUGUAUUGAAUAAUGUCUAUAUGUGGGUGGUGCGAUAAGUAACUAGCCUCUCCGUUAGAUGGCGCCACUGUCGCUAGAAAAAUUUACCAUCGUGUAAUACAUUAUUAGCCCGAUCAGGGAACGCAAAAUUUUACGAAAACCUCCAAAAAAAUUAAUUAAGGAUGAAAAUUUGGGAAUAGGUAGUUGAAAUUAUCCAUUAUUAUAAUAUAUAAGAAAAAGUUUACAAUUCUACAUCCCCUCCAUUUUACAAAAAUUGGAAAAUACGGGGUGAAAAUUUUUUCUCUGGGGUGAAAAAGUAUAUGUUCAAAAUAUGUCCGGAAUUGGAUAAAAUGACUAACUCUAAGUAACUUUUGUUAUAUAGAGUUUUUUUACUAAGUCAAUACUUUUCGAGUUAUUUGCGAGUGAAUGUGUUCAUUUUUAACAAAAAAAUGUUUUUGGACGGUUUUUCGGAGAUAACUCAAAAAGGAAGUAUUUUAGCGAAAAAAAUAUUCUUUUAGUAAAAAUAUAGACUAUAAAAAAUUGAAAAAAAUGGUGUAUGCGUGAGGUCUGCAGACCCAGUAGAAGCAGACUUGCAGCUAAUGAAAUGUAGGUUCUUCUUCGUCAAAUUCCAAAUCGAAUAUUUCAAUGCGAAAUAACCAAAAAACGGAGCAGUUUUCGGGGAUAAUUCAUUAAAACUUUUUUAAAGUGUUUAAAAAAAGGUUUAUUUUUGUUGUAAUAUUAAGAGAAAGUGAGUUACGCUCAAAAUAUUGUUUUAAUAAAUACAUAGGCAAAAAACAAUACAUAGACAAAUAACUUGUGAAGUGGUAAUGUUAAAAUCUAUAUGUGAUGAUAAUUAGGGGGUGAUUUUCGCGAUUUUUUUACCAAAAAAUAAAAGGGGCCAACAAUAUUUUGAGCGUAAUUCACUUAAUUUUAAUAUUAAAAGUUUCUUUAAGAAAUAAAAAUAAACCUUUUUUAAAACACUUUAAAAAAGUCAAAAUAAAUUUUCCCCUUAAAGUGCUCCGUUUUUGUAUUAUUUCACAUUGGAAUAUUCGAUUUGGAAUUUGACGGUGAAGAACCUACUUUUCAUUAGCUGCAACUCUGCUUCUACUGUGUCUACAGACCUCAUGUAUACACAAUUUUUUCAAUUUAUCAAUUUUAUGGGCUAUAUUUUUGCAAACAAUAUUUUUUUCGCAAAAAUACUUACUUUUUGAGUUAUCUCAGAGAAACCGUCCAAAAACAUGUUUUAUUUUGUUAAACAUGAACAUAUUCACUCGCAAAUAACUCGAAAAGUAUUGACUUAGUGAAAAAACUCUAUAGAAGAAAAGUUGUUUAGAAUUAGUCAUUUGGUAUUUUUAGUAUUAUUUUCAUCUUCGAGAGGGGAGUAUUCCCCUCCAUUUUUGUAAAAUGGAGGGGAUGUAGAAUUGAACACUUUUUCUUAUAUAAGAAUAGACAAUUUUAACUACUUAUUCCCACAUUUUCAUCCUUCCUUUAUUUUUUUGGGGUCAGAUUGUUCUUUGAUCGGGCUAUAUUGUAGACCACGAUUGUAGACGGCCUAUGUCAAAAUGUCAGCCAAAUCGAACUCGUAGGUUUGUUUCGACCGCGUGUGUAAGCGGGCGUGUUUGGGGAUUUUAGAAAAAUAAAAAAGAGCAAUAUCAGUGGGUAAUCGACUCUUAUUUUUAGAUGGGUAAUCCUGCAACGAAAUUAAAAAGCGCUUGAAUGCUGCAAACAGUGACUCUUCUUCUUCGACGGAAACCGUCAAAUAAUGGUUUAACGAGUUUCAACGUGGUGGCACGUCGGUUUUAGACCCAGCUUUCCCAAAAAAGCUACCACUAAAGAUGACGUAAAAUAAAUCUAGGAUCUCGUAUUGGUAGACCGCCGCCUGCAGAUGAGUGAGAUAGCUGAGCCAGCACACAUCUCAAAAGAUCUCGUUGGUCAUAUGCUGCAUGAAAUUUUGGGCAUGAAAAAGCUGUCGGGGCGAUGCCUGCCGCAUUUUUUAACUUCAAACAAUAAACGCAACCAGGCGACCACUUCAGAACAGUAUCUGAUGCUUUGGCAAGUGUAAUCCAAAUGAGUUGUUACGUUGUUUCAUUUCCGUCAACGAAACAUAGUUCAACUGGUAUACACCAGAGUCCAAGGAACAGUCGAUGCAGUGGACUUCACCCCUCGAACGUGCUCCGAGGAGGGCGAAGACUCUCCACUAGGCCGGAAAGGAGAUGACCACCAUUUUAUGGGAUUUAAAAGGUGUGAUCUAUAUCCUUGAUCAGAACUACUACCGGAAAUCGCAAUAGAUGAAAUAAAACUAGUCCUAAGGGAAGCUAAGAAUAACAAAUCUCCAGGCGAAGAUUGUGUAGUUACUGAUGCAAUAAAAAUUGGAGGCAUUUUUCUACUUAAGAAAAUAAAAAACCUUUUAACAUGUGCCUUUUGGAUAGUAAUAUACCCGACAAAUAGCACAAUGCUGAAGUAAUGUAAUUAUAUUGUACAAAAAAGGAGAUCUCCAUGAAUUAGCAAACUACAGACCUAUAAGCCGUCUUAGUCUCUUAUACAAACUCCUUACAAGAAUAGUAACGAAUAGUCUUGAGAAAAAACUUGAUUUCCACCAGCAAAUGGAGCAAGCGGGAUUUCGUACCGGAUUUGUAACAAAUGAUCACCUACAGAGCAUUAAAACAGUAAUAGAAAAGACUAUCGAAUAUAGCCAACCACUCGUUUUGGCUUUUAUAGAUUUCCAUAAAGUCUUUGACACGGUAGUAUUUGUCAAAAUUCUGGAAGCACUACAAGCAUGCCGCAUUGACUACCGAUACACAAAGUUAAUUUACAAUACAUACAAGAACGCAACUAUGUCGGUGAAACUACCUAAAAUCACGGACCAUAUCUCAAUCGGCAGAGGAGUCCGACAGGGCGAUACCUUAUCGCCUAAACUGUUUACCGCAGUAAUAGAAUAAUAUGCUUGUAAAAAACUUAACUGGGACGAGCGAGGCCAAAAUAUUGACGGUAGAAGAUUAACAAAUUUGAAAUUCGCAGACGACAUAGUUUUAUUCUCUGACAACCUCAAGGAGAUAUGUACAAUGCUUCAUGAACUUCAGUUAGUGUGUGCCAGUGUAGGUCUUAAAAUAAACAUAUCCAAAACAAAAUUCAUGACAAACCUAGUACCUAGCAAAAAUAUCAAUAUUCGAGACAACAAAGUAGAGCUAGUGGAAAAAUACAUAUAUGUUGGACACAAAAUAAAGAUCACAGGAGACAACCAAACAUACGAACUACGAAGACGAAUAAACCUAGCAUGGGCAGCCUAUGGAAAUCUCAAAGAUAUCUUUAAAAGCGAUAUACCAAUUUCUUUAACAUCUAAAACAUUUGACCAAUAUGUGUUGCCCGUGAUGACUUAUGGUGCCAAAACUUUGACAUUGACAGCUACAGCUUCUAAAAUGCUGCAAAUAGCUCAGAGGAAAAUGGAAAGGUUAAUGCUUAGUAUAUCGCUUCGUGACCGAGUUAGAAAUGAAGACUUAAGACGAAGAACAGGAGUUACCGAUGUAAUUUCCCGAAUUGCCACCCUGAAAUGGAACUGGACCGGACACGUCGCCCGAAUCAGUGAUAAGAGGUGAACGAAGAGAUUACUUGAGUCGACGCCGAGAUUAGACAAAAGAAGUAGAGGAAGACCACCUACUCGUUGAACUGACGAUCUCAAGAAAAUGUUAAGAAAUUGGAUGCAAAGUACUCAAAAUAGAGCACAAUGGACAAAAAUGAGGGAGGCCUAUGUCCAGCAGUGGACGCAAAGAGCUGGAUGAUGAUGAUCUAUAUCCACUUCCUGAAAAAGGGCAAAACGAUCACAGGGCUUGACUAUGGCGCAUUAUUAGCCUGAUUCUACGCCGAAUUUCAGCAAGAGUCACUGGUGGAUCCAGGGGGGUGUCACGGGGGUCAUGACCCCCCAUAAUUGUAAACCCACUUAUCCUAGGGUUGGUAAGACUAAGUGACCUUGCAUCAGAGAAAAGUAAUUAAAUCACCCUCAAAACCCAUGGCCCCCCCCAAAAAAAUUUCUAGAUCCGCCACUGAGCAAGAGCAGCCCCAAUUGAGAAAGAAAAAAAAUACUGUUCCACCAUGACAACACUCCGGCUUACACCUCCGCCAUCGACAUUGCCAAAUUAGUCGAAUUUGGCUAUAAACUGCUGUUCGAUCCAACGUAUUCUCCAGAUUUGGGCCUGUAUGAUUUCUUUUUCCAAACUUGAAAAAGUCACUCGCCGGGCAGAAAGCCAAAGGUCUGCAAAGCCUACUUUGCAGACCUCGAGAAAAGGUAUUUUUCAGACGAGAAAAAGUUGGUGUAAGUGUAUCGGGGUCAAAGGAGUCUACGUUCAGAAAUAAAUUCGCCAUUUUCAAAAAUUUUCGUUUUACUUUUAAAGGCUAAGUACUUAUCGGACCGCCCUAGUAACUGCCAGUGCGAAAUUUUUAGAAAUAAAUAAUAUGCAUAAUAUUA